AUGAUACGCCCUACAAUAUCCCUUCGCCACCCUCUCCCGAAACCCCUCUUCACACCAUGUACCCAGCGCCGUGCCUUCUCGCUCUUCAAUUCCGGCACUCGCUCGCACCAAAACCGCAUCUUUGACCCCGUUCGCCAGCCCAACGACCUGCACACGCUGACGCUCCUCAAUGCAGCCGACAACCGCGCUCUAAUCACGUUCUGGACUGCAUCCUGGUGUGCGACGUGCCAGGCCAUCAAGCCACUGGUGCGCAGCCUGAUUGAAGAAGAGAAGGUGGGGGAAAGCGAGGGUGGACUGGGCUUUGUCGAGGUGCUUAUGGAUUCAACGUUGCUGGAGGAUUUGCCUGUGAGGUAUAGGAUAAGCAGUAUGCCGACGUUACUAGCAUUCAGCAGACAAGAAGCGCAGUUCGAUACCAGGUUGGCUCGGCCCGAGGAGAUGCGGAAUAAGGAUUUGCUGAGGCAGUGGUUAGUUAGGGAGGCGCAGCGAGGAGGGAGGAAGGGUGGCGGU